UCCCUGUGACGGUGGAGACAUGGCGGCUGUAGGAGCUGCUCUUCCUCUUCGCUUUGAUGGGAAGGUGGCCCUGGUGACAGGAGCUGGAGGAGGUUUAGGAAGAACGUAUGCAUUGUUAUUUGCAGAAAGAGGAGCUUCUGUGGUUGUGAACGACCUUGGAGGUAACAUAAAAGGAGAAGGCAAAAGCUCCUCUGCUGCUGAUAGAGUGGUGCAAGAGAUAAGGGCUAAAGGCGGCAAAGCUGUGCCUAACUAUGAUUCUGUGGAAGAAGGUGAAAAGAUCGUUCAGACUGCUCUGGAUACAUAUGGAAGAAUAGAUAUUGUUGUUAACAAUGCUGGGAUUUUGAGAGAUCGUUCCUUUGCAAGAAUAAGCGACUUGGAUUGGGAUUUAAUUCAAAGAGUUCAUUUGAGGGGCUCAUUCAAGGUCACAAGAGCUGCAUGGAAUCACAUGAAGAACCAAAAGUAUGGCAGAAUUAUUAUGACUGCAUCAUCUUCUGGUAUAUAUGGCAAUUUUGGGCAAGCAAAUUACAGUGCUGCAAAACUUGGACUAUUGGGUCUUUCAAAUACACUAGCAAUUGAGGGUCAAAAAUAUAAUAUCCAGUGCAACACUAUUGCACCAGCAGCUGGUUCCAGAUUGACUCAGACUAUUCUGCCUCAAGAAUUAGUGGAUGCUUUGAAACCCGAGUUUGUGGCUCCCUUGGUGGUUUGGUUAUGUCAUGAAAGUUGUCAAGAAAAUGGCAGUUUAUUUGAGGUCGGCGCUGGCUGGAUUGGCAAAUUGCGUUGGGAACGAACAUUGGGUGCUAUUGUAAGACAGGAAGAUCAACAAAUGACACCUGAGGCAGUGCGUGACAGCUGGGACCAAAUUUGUGACUUUGAGAAUGCUACUAAACCCAAAAGCAGCUCAGAAUCAAUUAGCAGCCUUUAUGAAGUACUGAACAAAUUAAACACAAAACGAGGAGUGUCAUCAAAUCCUACCAGUGGCUUAAAACAAACAAGCACUUCAGGCAUCAAUCUAGCUGAAGCUGUAGGUAAAAAAAUUCCUUUCACUGAAUAUACCUACACCAAUCUGGAGCCUAUUCUGUAUGCUCUGGGAGUUGGCAUGACAACAAAGGAUCCAGACCACUUGAAAUUCCUUUUUGAAAGAAACGAAGAAUUCUCCUGUUUGCCUACUUUUGGGGUAAUUCCUGCCCAAGGUUUCAUGAAUGGUGGUCUUGCAUCGAUUUCUGGACUGAACAUUGACUUCACAAAGGUGUUACAUGGUGAGCAAUAUUUGGAGAUGUACAAACCAGUACCAACGUCAGGGACACUGAAGUCCGAGGGUGUUAUUGCUGAUAUUCUUGAUAAAGGAUCAGGUGCUGUUAUACUACUUGAUGUUCAUACAUACAAUGGGAAAGACUUGGUCUGCUAUAAUCAGUUCUCUAUAUUUGUUGUGGGAGCUGGAGGCUUCGGUGGUAAAAGGACAUCGGAUAAAGUUAAGGUUACUAAGAAUCCUCCCAACAGACCUCCAGAUGCCAUCGUGAGUGACAUAACGAGUGUAGAUCAGGCUGCUCUAUACCGCCUGAAUGGAGACUGGAACCCCUUGCACAUUGAUCCAAAUUUUGCAGCUUUUGGAGGAUUCAAGAAGCCAAUUCUGCAUGGGUUGUGUUCCAUGGGAUUUGCAGCACGGCAUGUCUUGAAACAGUUCGCAAAUAAUGAUGUGACAAAAUUCAAAGCUAUCAAGGCUCGUUUUGCAAAGCCGGUUAUUCCUGGACAAACACUAGAAACUGAAAUGUGGAAAAAUGGCAACCUUAUCCAUCUUCAGUCAAAGGUCAAAGAAAGUAAUGAGAUUGUUCUUGCAGGAGCUUAUGUUGUUCUGGAGGAAUCUAUUUAUAAAGCCAAAAGUAAUGACAUUGGCAUGAAAGAGGAGCUCCACAGUGACCUUGUAUUUGCAGAAAUCAGUCAACGCAUUAAGGAUAUUGGCAAGGAGUUGGUGAAAAAGGUGAAUGCCAUCUUCCAGUGGGAUAUCACUAAAGAUGGGAAAACUGCUGCACAGUGGACUAUUGACUUGAAGAAUGGCUCUGGAGAACUGUACAAGGGAGCAGCACGGCAUCGGGCUGACACUGUCUUUACAGUCUCUGAUGAAGAUUUCAUUCAAGUAGUAUCAGGGAAACUUAAUCCCCGAAAGGCUUUCUUUGCAGGCAAGCUGAAAGUUAUAGGGAACAUCAUGCUUAGCCAGAAACUUGAAAGGAUCCUCAAAGAUCAUGCAAAACUAUGAGAGAAGAUGAUCGUAAUUUUGGAGUACAGAAUUUUUGAUCAUGGAAUCAACUCAAAAGCGUUGAGCCAACAUCAUAAAAAUUGCUACUGUUUAAAAUUAUAUGAUUUUUAAAAUUUUGUUGUUCCACAGUUAAUCAAAAUAAUCUUAAUUGCAAGCUAUCUUUUAUUUUUAUUGUGUAACAUUAUGACCAUAAAUCUCUAUCUUCAUCAUAGUACCUUUUGCCUUAAUGUUGAAUGUACCAUUGUUGUUUACUUUUAGACCAUAAAUGUCAACCCAUUCUUUAAUACAACAAGGAUAUCAUUCAUUUCACCUAUCUUACUUUUUUGAACUAAUUGGAGUCAUUUAUGUAUUUAACCAAAUUAUUAUUAAAUGUUAAUUAGGCUGAAACUACAAAAUGACAUUGUCUGUCUCCUUCCCACCUCUAUCCACCUUCGAUCCGCCUCCCCCUCUCUCCCUGUUUAUUUCAGAACCCUCUUGCCCUUCCCCUUUUCUGAUGAAGGGUCUAGGUGAAACGUCAGCUUUCCUGCUCCUAAGAUGCUGCUUGGCCUGCUGUGUUCAUCCAGCUCCACCCCCAAUGAUUGUAAUUAUCUUUUUUUAUAAAUAACAGCUGUGUUAUCCAAAAUGUCCCAAACAAACACUAAUUCAACCAUGUGGGCAUAUAUUCCCUUGAAAACAUUGCCAUUCUUGAGGAGUGAAUAUUCUAAGAAAGUUAUUGAUUUGUAUCAGAAUUUGAAUUUGAAUACUCAGAAUGCAUUUAUUGUUAGUUGAAGUGUUGUUUUUGUAAUUUGGAAAGAAAAAUUGCUGCUGCCUGCGUGUCUGUCUUCUCACUUUCCAAUUAGCAGGUUAAACUCAGUCAUCUUUGUCUUUGCAUGUUAGAGUUCAUGGAUAAUUUCAGAGGUUGACUAUUUUCCUGAUAUGAAUGUACAAGUUGAAACUUGCAUAUACUAAAUUCAUUGGGAAUAAAUAAAUGA